UCUGGAGAUGGUCGUAGUGAAAAUAAGAAAGUUCGUUAGAAAAGUUCAGUCUGUCUUACAUCGUAUAAAAGCUUCGAGUCGGUACUUAGUAAAAAGAAUCAAAUAGAAAAAACAUAUGUAGAGCAACAUCGAAUAAAAGCUUCGAGAUUGUGUUUACCAAGAAGAACUAAAUAGAAAAACAUCUAUAAAGCAGUUUUCUAACAGUUUGUGAGCACCAUGUUCGGGCCAAACAUCAACAUCAUAGAAGACACACCUACUACAGAAAGAAAACGGAGCGUGUAUUUGGAAGGAACAUUGCCUUAUUACCAGAAUCCUGAGCAAAAUCCGGUCACUAAAGUGGCUCCUUUUCACCCACAAGGUCCAGGACCUGGUCACCAAUUACCCAUAAAAGCUUUUCAAAGCAAAAGUGGCAGCAGUAGUGUAGUUUUUGACAGCUUAAGGCCUAUGUUGCUGUUUAUGAAGAUUUCAGGUAUAUCUCCAAUCGCUCAAUUAGAUAUGGUAUUUCAGGUCACUUUACAAUGGAUGAUAUAUUCGGUAGUAGUUUUCUUAAUAAUAUUAGGGUACAUAGGUUAUAUAAAAUGGGACAAGUUAGAAAUGGUACGAUCAGCUGAAGGACGUUUUGAAGAAGCUGUAAUUGAUUACUUAUUUUCAGUCUACUUGGUCCCAAUAUUUUUAACUCCUAUAUGUUGGAGUGAAGCAAAAAAAUUGGCCAGAGUUUUGACGAAUUUUGUCGUUUUUGAGAACAUGUAUCACAAAAUCACUAAGAAGAAGUUCCAGCAUUUUCUUGGCAACAAACCUGUUGUUGUGACUAUCGGAUUGCCGAUUUUGGCUUGUUCUACCAUGGUUGUGACUCAUGUGACCAUGGUCCACUUUAAACUACUACAGGUGAUUCCUUACUGUUACAUUAACAUUGCUACCUACAUGAUCGGUGGUCUUUGGUACAUGCUCUGCGAUCUAGUAGGCAGUAUGGCCCUCACAGUCGCUGAUGACUUUCAAGAAGUGCUCAAAAACAUUGGACCAGCUAACAAAGUUGCCGAAUUUAGAUCUCUGUGGAUGUUGCUCAGCAGGACAGUCAGAGAUAUUGGCAACGCUUUCAGCUUUACCUUAACGUUUUUGUGUUUAUAUUUGUUCUUGAUUAUUACUUUGACUAUUUAUGGUUUGAUGUCACAGAUUCAAGAAGGCCUGGGAGUCAAAGAUAUUGGACUGGCUAUUACAGCCUUCUUUGCUGCUAUGAUGCUGUUGUUGAUCAGCGAUGAAGCGCAUUAUGCAUCCAAUUGUGUGAAAGUGCAAUUCCAGAAGAAGUUGCUGCUCGUAGAAUUGAACUGGAUGAAUGACGAUGCACAACAGGAGAUAAAUAUGUUUUUAAGAGCAACAGAAAUGAACCCUACAGACAUGAGUUUGGGAGGAUUCUUUGACGUCAACAGAAAUUUGUUUAAAUCGUUAAUAGCCACUAUGGUUACGUACCUGGUGGUGCUACUGCAAUUCCAAAUAAGCAUCCCCGAGGAUGGAGGAGCUGUGAAUGCUACAAUGAAUAGAGCACCACCACAACAACCACAUUAGUAUAAAUAAAUACAACACUGCAAAAAACAUUAUUUAAUUGCCAGAUAAUUGAACAAAAAUUUUAGUUCUCGAAUCGGAAGCUGCUGAAAAAACAUUAUGUUAAAAGCAAACUUCCACAUAAGGAAGCGUUGAUACUUAAUUUAUUAAUGACUUUAAACAUUUAAUUUAUUUAGUCUUUAUUUUAAUUUAUUUAUACUAAACUAUUUACACUAAAACAUAAUUUAUAUAAUAAAUUCCCGACUUAAAACCGUGUAUAAUCAAUUAUUAUUCCAGAAAAAAUUAAAGCACCUUUAUCUUCGUACAUUCUUCUGUUUCUUCAUUCCAGAGUAAAAAUACAGCCAUUUGUUGCCCGUUUCACCAUCAUUCUUCACCCCUUCUUUUCAUGAGGCCUGCUAUGACAUGUCAGAAAUGUUACAUCUUGUCUAAUUUUCGUAAUGGUCAGUAGAUCAGUUUAAUUUUUGUAAGUAUUUCUCAAGAAAUCAUUGUAUGCCGUGUUAAUAAACUUCGGUGGAAAGUAAUUCUUUAUAAUGUUCCAUCCACCUAUCUAAUACGUCCACUUUUGUAUUGCGUAGGAUAUAUGCCUCCUUAGAAAAAAGGUCAGAAGGUUCUGCUUGAAAUGCUUGAAAUUCUUGAAAUUCUGCUUGAUCAUAUUAUUCACGAAGUAAAAGAGGAAAUGAGCAUUAAAAUGAACUCAAACAAAACCAAAAUUUUUAGUCUUUGCAAGCUGAUGAUGCAACCUGAAAGGAUAGGGAAUCUUCUGUUCUUGUUUACAUAGCUUAGCCAAAGGAUUCCAGAUGGUUCCAGGAGAUCCAAGAGAGAUAACUAUCCACUUAUAAAUAAAGAUCACCGGUUCCUUGUGUAUUAUAUUUAUUUUUGUUCUCUCCUGCGCCUGCGUUUAGAUUUUUUAGUGCAUUUCUUAAAAAAUUAGAAGAAAAUCUAAUUUUUUAUCUUUAUUAAAUAGUCAAUAAAAAGUUAAGUAAUUGACGUUUUUAGAAUUGAUUUAGCCACCUGAAUUAACAUAAGCUUUUAAACAUAUUGUCGAAAAAAAUAGUUAACAAAAAUUAGUGCCUACCUAUGUAGUGUUCACGUAGAUUUUUCAAGUCAUAUUUUGUAAUAUAAAGCAGUAUUUUACCAAAA